AUGUGGGUUGACAACAACAGCCAGGGGGUUGUUCGAAGUCUAGUGGAAGAGCAUUUUGUCACUCUGUUUACUUUUUCAGGGCAGAGGGAUUGGGGUCAGUUGUUGGAUUGCAUUCAAAACUCGAUAAGUGGGGAGAUGAAUGAGGCUUUAACGAGUUUGAUUAUGGGGGAGGAAAUUAAAACCGCUACUUUCCAAAUGGGAGGAAUGAAGGCCCCUGAACCUGAUGGCUUCCAAGGAUUGUUCUACCACUCAUUUUGUGAAUCAUUAAUCGCAAAGGUCAAUGGUGUGGUUUGUGACAUCAUGAAUGGGAAAUUGUCCAAGGCGCUGGCUAACCAUCUUAACUCCAUCCUUUCGAACAUUAUUUCUCCCAUGCAAAAUGCCUUUCUGGUAGGGAGGCAAAUACAGGAUAAUAUUGGAAUUGCUCAUGAGAUGUUCCACUUCCUGAAGCUCUGGAAAACAAAACAAAAAUUUGAGAUGGGAAUUAAGCUUGAUAUGCAUAAGGCUUAUGAUAGAGUGGAGUGGGACUUUCUGGAUGCGCUGGGAAAGAAGUUUGUCCCGUCAAGGGGUAUUCGUCAGGGUGACCCGUUAUCCUCGUAUCUUUUCCUCCUCAUAAGUGAGGUGAAUUUGCAAAAAUCUAGUGCUUUAUUUGGUGUUAACAUCUCGGGAGGUCUCUCUACGGAACUCAGUCAAGUUCUUGGUAUGUCCACAGUGGAUGACCCGGGGACUUACUUGGUCAUUCUAUCAAUCUGGGGGCGCUUGAAGAAGCAGGGCCUUGCUUAUGUUAAAGCAACGAGGGGAGAAAUGAAUCCAUUGGGUUUCCCGGGAGCUUAUGGGGCUGUUGAAACAUGCGGGGGAGGGGUAUGGGUUUUCAUAAUUUUUGUGAUUUUAAUGAUGCCCUUCUUGCUAAACAAUGCUGGAGGCUAUUGCAAGAUCCAAACUCGUUAUAGGCUCAAGUUUUUAAAGCUCGGUACUUCCCUAAUUGUUCUUUUCUGA